GCGAACCUCUCGUCGCCAGCGCGCACCUUCUAUACAGCGACCUUGCACCACACACACAUAUAAAUCAUACCGGGAUGGUAGGUAAUGACAGCAGUUGUCAACCGGUGAGUAGAGAAGAAAAAGAAUCAAAGCAGAAGCGAUAGUGAGUUUGCUAAAAUUGAUCCACUCCAAGUUCUAAUUAAUUGAUUAGUUUUUCUUCAAAAUUUGAAUAUUUUCUCGAUCAGUGUUUAAACCUUAGACCAGGUACAUUAAAGGUCCUAAGCACCAGCAGAUCAGUUGAGCAUAACCAUACACCUGAAUUGCAUUUAUGCAUCAACUGCAUCGGUAAGGAAUUAUAAGUAGAAUUUCUUCAAUCGCUAAUUAUGAACCUAAAAUCUAGUUUCCCGAGCCAGUGCCAACCCGACAUUGCAGACUACGACUAAAUUCGACUAGAAAAGGGACUAAACGUAAGUGACUUAGGCUAAGACAAUCAUUGACAUGCACAAAUCUACUUAACUUAAGCUAAACCCCAAAACUGCGUACGCAAAACGUAAGACUAAUAAUGUAUCUUUGUAUGAACUACUGUUACCCUCCAGGAAAAUUAUAACCUACCGAAUUACGACGUGAAGUUUCUGCGUUUCAUUCAACGGUGGUUAUAUUUACGGAAAUUAACCCUUGCAGUACCAGUACUUGUUGGUUCGGAAAACCAACAAAUUAUAAUUUUCGUUUAACAAAUAGAAAAUGUCGAGUCGCGAAGGUCACGGUUCCGGGAAGAAUGUCAAGGUGCCGAAAAAGAGUAAAAGCUCGAAAACAAGAUCUGAUGAAGUGGUUAAUAGUGGUGAUGUUUCAAUAGUGGUCACGGGAGUUCCGGAAGAAGUAUCAGUGGUGGAUCGUACAUUGGCUGGUCGGACUUGCAAAUCAUGCAAGGGUCCCGAUAGCGACGAGAUGGUGCAGUGUGACAAUUGCGACAAGUGGCAUCACUUUGGCUGCGUUGGAGUCACGGAGGAAGUAGCGGAUCACAGUUGGAGCUGUCCAAAGUGCGUGUCAGCAAAAUGGGCUCAGCGAUCAGGAUCCACUUCCAGUAAGCAGGUUAAGCCAGUAAGUGAUGCUAAGGACAGCACGGAUACACAAGAGCCACAGACGUCAAAAGGACCAAAUGCAAAAGAUCAGCGAAGUUCCGCAACAAGUGUCGUCGGAAAUAGGAAGGAUGUUACAGCCAUGCAGGAUAUGAACAUACAGAGAAGCGAGGAAGGACAGCAGACCGGUGACAAAGAAGUGAACAUCAGUGUAGUAUCAAGUGCCGGGUCGUCUGCGUCAUCACGCAGGUCUUCAAGAACACUUUUGAAACUUCAAAUGCAGAAAUUGGAAGAGGAGCAAAGAUUAGCUAAACAAUUUCUGGAAAGAAAGUACGCUCUAUUGGAAGAGGCAGUCAGCGAGAGGAGUAGUAGGACGAGUUCCAAAGCGAGUUCCAGAGCGAGUGCCAGCCUAAGCCGAGUGCGCGAUUGGGUGCACGGCAACCGGGAGGAGAGCGUGCCGAAUUACCCCGAUAUGUUUGAACCAGAACGACAUUCUACGCAACAUCCGAGUGCUUUAGCAAGCGUGAAUCACCUGGCUGUACCAAGAGAGGAUCAAUUUUCUUCGCGGCGGGAUCAACUGACAAACGGGAGAACCUUUUCGGUAAGAGCGAUAUCUAGCGGCAUCGUUGACCAAGCUAGCGCAGCUGUGGAAGUUUGCGGUCGUCAACGUACAACGACCAAUGGAGCAAUGUAUGCGUCUUCGCGAGGCCAACCCGUUCCAGUCACAAGUGCAAUGAGAGAUCAUUUCGUUUCCGAGCAAAUUCCACUCCGCCCGUCAUUUUCUAGAAGAGAACCAACAGCUGAAGAAGAUUUUGACGAUCCAUGCCCGCUCACCAAAAAGCAGCUAGCUGCUCGACAAGCUAUAUCAAAGGACGUGCCGAGCUUUUCAGGAAACCCGGAAGAAUGGCCCAUAUUUUUCUCCUCGUAUACCAACACAACAGCCAUGUGUGGGUUUACCGAUGCGGAGAAUGCAGUUCGACUACAAAGAAGUUUGACUGGAAAAGCGUAUGACACGGUGAAGAAUCGCUUAAUGCACCCAUCGAACGUGAAAAGUGUCAUCGAUACUCUGCGUAUGAGGUUUGGUCAGCCGGAAGCUAUCGUCCACUCGCUCAUCGCGAAGAUUACAGCCCUACCGUCGCCAAGAGAGGACAAACUGGAAACGUUAAUGGACUUCGCCGUGGAAGUUCAGAACUUUUGCGCCAUUGUAGAUGCCUGCGCAUUGGAAGAACAUAUGUACAACGUUUCGUUGCUGCAUCAACUCGUCUGCAGGUUGCCGCCUUCAAUAAAGCUUGACUGGGCCCGAUAUCGCUAUACCCUACCUCGAGUUAACCUAGCAACUUUCGGAAACUGGAUCUAUUCCUUAGCCGAAGCAGCCAGCACUGUAACCAUUCCAACAAUUCAAGAAUCCAAGCACACCCGGAACGAGUCACGCCCGACCAAGAAAAGUAGCGGGUUCUUGAAUGCGCAUCUGGAAUCGAAUGAAGCGGACCUGCAACCAGAAAUGGACAGCAUACAAAACAACAACGCUGAAUGCCCGGUUUGCAAAUCCAAUUGUAAAACACUGGGAAAAUGCAAACAGUUUCUGGAAUUAACCAGAGAUUCUCGAUGGGCCGUAGUACGUGAUUUCAAUCUGUGUCGUCGUUGCCUAGAGAAACACUUUGGACGGUGUACAGCUAAAGUAUGCGGCAAGAAUGGCUGUACACGUAAACACCAUGAGCUACUCCAUAACGAAAACCAAAAGGCGAAAGACGUGGAUCCGAAGGACAACAAUCGUCGAGAAAAUCAGCAAGAGACAGAUUCUAUGCGGCACGAAUGCAACAGUCAUCGCUCCAGCUCCAGUAGUUCUCUCUUUCGUUAUCUCCCAGUAACGCUCCAUGGAAAAGGCGGACGCAUCGAAACGUUCGCUUUUUUGGACGAAGGUUCCAAACUAACCCUGAUGGAUAAAGAUCUCGCCGAUGAACUUGAAUUGGAUGGAGUUGAAAGUCCACUGCAUCUUCGAUGGACUGGCGGCACCGAGAGGUGUGAGAAAGAUUCCCGCGUCAUCACUGUAUCGAUUGCAGGCAAGUACGAUGGAGCAAAACGGUUUAAACUGGAUGAAGUGAGAACGGUGAAGGGGCUCCAGCUACCACGUCAAUCCCUUGAUGCGGUGAAGAUGAUGGAUCAGUAUCCGUAUUUACGGGGCUUACCCAUAAAGUCAUACGAGGACGCUCGUCCUCGAAUCCUGAUCGGACUAAAGCACGCCCAUGUCAGUCUUGUUCUGCAGUGUCGCGAAGGAAAGUUGGAACAGCCUAUAGCUAUUAAGACACGCCUGGGCUGGACUGUAUGCGGUGGAAGUGACAGUGAUAACGCACCGAGCAUGGUUCACCAUUCGUUCUACGUUGGAUCCCGCGAUGACCAUUCCGAUGAAGACCUGCACCAGGCCAUGAAGGAAUACUUCGCUCUCGAUAGUAUGGGAGUAGUGAAGUCGAGCGAAACUCUACUGUCUUCUGAAGAUCAACGGAGCUGUAGAAUGCUGAAAUCGUUAACUACUUUCAACGGCGAACGCUACGAGACAGGAUUGUUGUGGCGAUAUGAUGAUAUUCGCCUCCCAGAUAGUCGGCCAAUGGCGCUCCAUAGAUAUCGCCUGCUGGAAAAGCGUAUGGUCAAGGAUCCGGAACUCGCUAAAGCCUUGAGCCAAAAGAUAACAGACUAUACAACUAAAGGAUACAUUCGACAGUUGAGCAAGGAAGAAGAAGAUCAAUCCGUUUCACGUACCUGGUAUCUACCUGUGUUUCCGGUGAUAAACCCGAACAAGCCGGGAAAAAUAAGAAUCGUAUGGGAUGCGGCAGCCGCGAUCUUCGGGAUAUCACUAAACUCCGUUCUGUUGAAGGGUCCCGACCAACUGUGUUCACUUUUCUCCAUACUUCUGCAAUUUCGCGAACAUCCGAUUGGCCUCACAGGAGAUAUACGAGAGAUGUUCCACCAGAUACAGAUCCGGGAACAAGAUCAAGCCUGCCAGCGGUUCUUUUGGAGGGAUGAAUCUGGAGAAAUUGCCGUGUUCGAAAUGUGUGUCAUGACAUUCGGAGCGUGCUGCUCGCCUAGCAGUGCACAAUACGUCAAAAAUUUGAACGCAGAAAGGUUCGUUGAGAAGUAUCCUCAGGCGGUUGACGUUAUAAUCAAGAAGCACUACGUGGACGACAUGCUGGUGAGCGUGAAGACGGAGGAGGAGGCAGUCACUUUGGCAAAUCAAGUCAGAUAUGUUCAUUCCCAGGGCGGAUUCGAGAUUCGCAAUUGGAUAAGCAAUUCCCCAGCGGUUCUGCAGUCAUUGGGAGAGGAUGAUGUGAAAACGAAGAAUCUAGAUCUCUCAGCCGAAUUGGUGACGGAGAAGGUUUUGGGACUCUGGUGGUGCACUGAGAAGGAUUCGUUUACGUACAAAGUAGGGUGGACCCGCCACGACGAAGUGCUCUUAAAAGGACAACGGCGUCCUACGAAGCGAGAAGUACUACGGAUCCUAAUGUCAAUUUUCGAUCCCCUCGGCUUAGUCGCCCACUUUCUCAUCUACCUAAAAGUCUUGUUGCAAGAAAUUUGGCGGUCUGGAGCGCAAUGGGAUGAUGAAAUCAACGAUGCCUUGUUUUUGAAGUGGCAAUUCUGGUUACAAGUACUUCCCGAACUAGAAUGUGUAGAAGUACCACGAUGCUAUCAUAUUAAGAACUUCGUCGAUGGCCAAAUCGAGUUGCAUACGUUCGUUGACGCCAGUGAGAACGGGUUUGCUGCCGUAUCGUACAUCAGAUUUUCCUGCGAUGGCGAAACGGAAUGUACUAUAGUUGCAGCAAAAACCAGAGUCGCUCCUCUAAAAUUUCAGUCUAUUCCAAGACUUGAGCUGCAGGCCGCAAUCCUCGGAGUAAGACUAGCACAAACCAUCGCCGAUUCAUUGUCUAUCAAAGCAACUCGACGCUAUUUCUGGACCGAUUCUCGAGAUGUACUGUGUUGUAUCAACUCAGACCACCGUCGAUUCACACAGUUUGUGGCACAUCGUGUUAGCGAGCUACUUGACUCCACGGAAGCAACUGAAUGGCGCUGGGUGCCCACGAAGGAGAAUGUCGCGGACGAUGCCACGAAAUGGCAGGGAAAACCAGAUCUUCGUGCCAACAGCAGAUGGUUCAAUGGCCCCGAAUUCCUCGGAAGGAGUGAGUCCAACUGGCCACAGCAGAUUGAGAUCAAUAAUUCAACACAAGAGGAACUCCGGCCACAUACAGUUGCGCAUAUUUCAGCAGUGGUGCCGGCAAUCUGCGUGAAUGACUAUUCCAGCUGGAAGCGUCUUGUCAACGUAACUGGAUUCCUAUUUCGUUUUUCUGCAAACUGUCGACGUAAGUUGCACCAUAAGCCUAUCAACACUGGUCCAUUUUGCAUGAAGGAGAUGCGAGCGGCGGAAAACAGCCUAAUACGUGAAGCCCAACAGGAUGAAUUCUCCGAAGAGAUUGCUACCCUCAUCCAAGGACGACAGAUCGCACGAAGCAGUUCGCUUUUUAAAUCGACUCCGUUUAUCGACGAAAAUGGAGUAUUACGGAUGCGUGGCCGUAUUGCGGCCUGUGCAUUCAUUACUGAAGAAGCAAAGAAUCCCAUUAUCCUGCCCCGUGACCACCACAUAACCACUCUAAUCAUCAGCCACUACCACAGCAAGUAUCACCAUCUCAACCAGGAAACUGUGGUCAAUGAGCUACGCCAAAGAUUCUCAAUUUCUCGAGUACGUGUUUCCUGUGCCAAGGUGAGAAGGAAUUGUCAACGCUGCAAGAACGAUUAUGCCAAGCCAAGCGUUCCAAUAAUGGCUGAUCUGCCUGAUGCCAGAUUAGCGGCCUACACUCGACCCUUCACUCACGUUGGAAUCGACUAUUUUGGACCAAUGGAGGUCGCCGUAGGUCGCAGGGUCGAAAAACGAUGGGGCAUGCUGGCCACAUGUAUGACAACACGAGCAGUGCACAUCGAGAUAGCACACUCUCUUAGCUCAGAUUCUUGCGUGAUGGCCAUCCGUAACAUGAUAGCUCGCCGUGGUACACCUCGUUAUAUAUACUGCGACCGAGGUACCAAUUUUGUUGGCACAAGUAGAGAAUUGAGCCGCGUUGAAGAGGAGCUCGAUCUCGAAGCUAUUAUGCAGGAGUUCAUCAGUUCACAAACUGCCUGGUGUUUUAACCCGCCAAUGUCGCCCCAUAUGGGUGGGUGCUGGGAACGGCUUAUCCGUAGUGUGAAGAACAGUUUGAAAGCCCUGAAUCUGCCACGUCGACCAUCAGAUGAAGUUUUACGUAAUGCAUUGCUGGAAAUCGAGAACACGCUCAAUUCAAGACCUCUCACACAUGUAUCGAUAGCAGACAAUGCUGCUCCGGCACUCACCCCUAACCAUAUUUUGCUGGGAACAUCCAACGGGUCUAAACCACUCACCGUACUCGACGACAGUAGUACCAUCGUGCGUCAGUGCUGGCGUACGUCUCAGGUCAUCGCUAACCAAUUUUGGAGACGAUGGAUUGCUGAGUAUCUACCGGAAAUUACUAGAAGAACAAAAUGGUACAACUCUGAUUCAUUACCGGUAAAAGUCAACGACAUAGUAAUUAUUGUGGACUCGACAUUCCCUCGUAACUGCUGGCCGAAAGGGAGAGUGAUCGCAACCCGUCGCGGCCGAGAUGGAGAGGUGAGAUCAGCGACGGUGAGGACGGCUGCUGGUGUCUACGAAAGACCAGUGGUAAAGUUAGCUGUAUUGGAUGUUAGACGCGAGAAGCAGUAGCCGACCAGGAGAUCGGCGUACCGGGGGGAGUGUUGGCGAACCUCUCGUCGCCAGCGCGCACCUUCUAUACAGCGACCUUGCACCACACACACAUAUAAAUCAUACCGGGAUGGUAGGUAAUGACAGCAGUUGUCAACCGGUGAGUAGAGAAGAAAAAGAAUCAAAGCAGAAGCGAUAGUGAGUUUGCUAAAAUUGAUCCACUCCAAGUUCUAAUUAAUUGAUUAGUUUUUCUUCAAAAUUUGAAUAUUUUCUCGAUCAGUGUUUAAACCUUAGACCAGGUAACUAAAUAUUAUACAAAUAGUGAAUUAAAUUAUGAAUUACCUAUGCCGCUUAUACACUAGGUACAUUAAAGGUCCUAAGCACCAGCAGAUCAGUUGAGCAUAACCAUACACCUGAAUUGCAUUUAUGCAUCAACUGCAUCGGUAAGGAAUUAUAAGUAGAAUUUCUUCAAUCGCUAAUUAUGAACCUAAAAUCUAGUUUCCCGAGCCAGUGCCAACCCGACAUUGCAGACUACGACUAAAUUCGACUAGAAAAGGGACUAAACGUAAGUGACUUAGGCUAAGACAAUCAUUGACAUGCACAAAUCUACUUAACUUAAGCUAAACCCCAAAACUGCGUACGCAAAACGUAAGACUAAUAAUGUAUCUUUGUAUGAACUACUGUUACCCUCCAGGAAAAUUAUAACCUACCGAAUUACGACGUGAAGUUUCUGCGUUUCAUUCAACGGUGGUUAUAUUUACGGAAAUUAACCCUUGCAGUACCAGUACUUGUUGGUUCGGAAAAC